AUGAGUCACACGACCCCGACCGACAUCAUCACUGAAGCAGCUGGGGGCCCGUCCUCCAACCCUGCUGUAAGCCGAAUGGCGGCCGUGCACGAUGCUGACGACAUGGACCUCGACGCCCUCCGGCACUCCGUUCAGAUGCAGAAGCAGCUUGACCUUCCACCGCCACCCACGGCACAGCUGCUGCGGGUGCCAGAGGUGAUGGAUGACUUUGUUCGAAACUUCCUCUAUCGUAACGGCAUGACGCGCACCCUGCAGACUUUUGAGAGCGAGUGGUAUUGCAAGGCUGGCGGCGGCAUUGGUAGCAUCGACGUCUCGCUGGAAAAUCCAAUGGUCCCGGACAACUACCACGAGACGAUGGCGCUGCAGAACCGCAUCGAGCUGCUGGAGCGCGAGCUGCGCCAGCAUGCAGAGCUGAACACGCGUGUCGUGCAGCAGUGGACGCAAGCGAAGAAAGACCGUGAGUAUCAUCGCACAAGCCACCAGCGUGUAGUGCAGGAGAACGCCCGCCUCAGUCGUCUUCUGAGGCAGGCAGGCCAGCAUGCUGAGCUGGUGAACCCGACGUUGACGGAGUCCCGCAUUCGGUGCGAGCAGCUCCUAAAGGCGAAGUCGCUCCUGACAAUCGAGCGCGACAAGCUGCGAAGAGAGAAGGAGCAGCUCGAGGCGCGGGUGGCGGAGCUGGAAGGACAGCAGCAGCAGCAGCAGGAAGCAUUUGGCGGUACCUCCAUGAGGCCUAAACCCCCAACUGCAAACCAUCGCGCUGGCAACUGGAAGUCGUCGCACGCGAGCGGCCAGUCAAACGUGGCCUCGCGUCGUCGCCUUGCGUCGUCGCCAUCUCCAGCGAACACGAGGGCGGCCGAUGCAGAAACAGACGGAUUUGUGUGGCCCCUUGACGAUCGCUUGCACCCCCAUGGGCAAACUGCUGUCGUGCCCUUUUCGGGCAACGCUGACGGUGGGCAGCCGGGCUUCCCAUCCGGUGAGUCCCCAGCAAGUGAGUGGGUAGAGCAGUCCUCUUUCCAGGCGCACACGAUGGCAGUUACAAGUGUCGCGCUGCACCCCUUCAAGCCAGUCGUGGCGAGUGGCAGCGACGAUGGCAGCUGGCGGCUGUCAACGCUGCCUGCUGGGGACGCCAUCGUCUCUGGACAGGGUCACAGCAACUGGAUCUCGUGCGUUGGCGUGCACCCGCGCGGCACCAUGCUCGCCACCGGCUCGGGAGACAAGACGGUCAAACUCUGGGAUUUUGCGAGUAACCGCUGCGCCGCCACACUUAGCGCCCACACAAACAGUGUCUGGGACCUCGAGUUUCAGGAAACCGGCCUUCUGUUGGCGAGUGCGGCGCUGGACAAGACGGCGCGUGUGUGGGACGUGGAGCGGGGCGUGUGCCGGCAAACACUGCGAGGGCACCAGGAUGCAGUGAACACUGUCAGCUGGCUGCCGUACACGAAUCUGCUGCUCACGGGCAGCGCAGAUAAGUGCGUUGCCGUCUGGGACGCCCGGCAAGGCACCAAGGCACAGUCCUUCACUGGCCAUCGUGGCGCCGUGUUAUCCGUGGCAGCCGGGCCGGUGGGGAGAUCCCUCUUCGCCUCCUGCGACACCCAAGGCGCUGUCGUUAUCUGGGAUGCCCGCUGCAUGGUGCAGCUUCUCCGCGUCGAAUGCGGACCGCAGCCGGCCAACUGCGUCGCAGUGGACGGCGGCGGUCACAACGUCGCGGUCGCCAGCGACGACGGUACCAUCAAGAUCAUCGAUGUGGAAGAGUCGGUGGUGACAGAGAUGGUGGGUCAUGAAGGCCCGGUGCAGAGCGUGGCGUUCGACCUCUCAAGUCAUCGCUUCCUCGUCAGCGGCAGUAGUGAUCGCACCGUUCGGUACUGGUGCUGA